AAGAAAAGUGUAUUAUAUCAGUAUAGCGUUACUGUAAACUAUUUCUAAUUAUCUUCCAUAACGCUGUGUUGGUGGUGGGAAUGCUAUACUGUACCUUAAUGCUAUAUAGCAUGGUAUGAUAUUAUGGUAUGGUUAAAUGUUAAUUUCGUUGUUUUUCUCCCUUCCAGAGUGACACUUGCCAUCCAAGUUCCAACCUUCAUUUUGCAUUAUGCAAAUGAGCCAUGGAUUGGUGUGAACUGAAUGAUGGCUCCUCCCCUUUCUGGUCCACUUUCCCCCUGUGGUCGUCUCGUCCCUCUUCCACGCUGCCCUCAAACUCGCCACAAUCCACCUGCUGAAGUGACGCUGCUGUGAAAUACUGCAAACAUGGCCGCUACUGGAUCGUUCCGAGUGGUGUCAGAGGAGGAGCGGGCCUUGAGAUCCAAGCUGGAGCAUCUGACAGUGAAGGAUCACGGGCCCGUGUUUGGGCCGUGUCGCAAAAUGCCGGGCCACACCGCGCAGAAGGCUAAGGAUGAGCUGAAUGAGACGGAGGAGAGGAAAGCGUUGUCCCUUAAGGACCUACGGGCCCUGAUGAAGGAGAGGGCGGCCGAGGGAGACGACCUGGCCAAACUGGUGCUGGAGCGCUUCGGGGACAAGCCCGACUCUCUGCUGCUGCGCUUCCUCCGAGCCCGCAAGUUCGAUGUUGUCAGGGCCCACGAACUCAUGAAGGGUUACGUGCGCUUCAGGAAGGAGUACCCCGAGUUGUUUGAGAAUCUGACGCCCGAGGCCGUCCGCAGCACCAUUGAGGCGGGCUACCCUGUGGUUCUGCCCAGCAGGGACAAGUAUGGUCACGUAGUGCUGCUCUUCAACAUUCAGAACUGGGACUUGGAGGAGAUCACUUUUGAUGAGAUCCUAAGAGCGUACUGUGUGAUCCUGGAGAAGUUACUUGAGAAUGAAGAGACCCAGAUCAACGGUUUUGUCCUGAUUGAGAAUUUUAAAGGCUUCACCAUGCAGCACGCCUCAGGGAUUAAACCGGCGGAGCUCAAGAAAAUGGUGGACAUGCUGCAGGAUUCGUUCCCGGCGCGUUUCAAGGCGGUCCACGUCACCCACCAGCCGUGGUACUUCACUACCACGUACAACGUGGUCAAGCCUUUCAUGAAGAGCAAGCUGCUGGAGAGGGUGUUUGUCCACGGGGACGAGCUGGGCAACUACUUGAAGGCAUUUGACGCCGACAUCCUGCCUGCCGAUUUUGACGGGAAAGCUUGCGUGGCGGACUGCCAGGCCAUCGCCGGCAGGCUCUUUGGCUCCGAGGACACGGCUCUCUGAAGCAGGACCUCGACAGCGUCCUUCAACCGAGAUGAGGAUCACAUAGGCGCUCUUGAUUUCAAGCUAUAGAGUGAACAUUAUUAUUAUUAUUUUUUUUAAUCUUUAUGGCAGUCCUAAGCGGGGGGGGGGGGAAAGUAUUUAGAUUUAGGAGAUUUAAAGUGACACUUGAAAUGGAUGUUUAGAUAUUGCAGAAAGUUGUUUGAGAUGUGCCGCCAUUUCUAUUUUGCCAUUCAAACGGAAGUGGUGCGUUUGUGCUUGGAGAAUUUGUGCCUGCAAAGGUGGUAGACGAAUGCCUACAGAAAUUUGAGUGGUUAUGGAGGAUAACUUAAGAGUGACAUGGGAAGACUUAUGAAGUGAUUAUCAAUAAACCUCUUUGUAAUUUGCA